UUCAUUUCUCAUCCUCACACAUUUUCCCCCUCUUACAAAAGAACAUUAUUGUCUCUUUUACCCUCUCACACGCUCCUAAGUAUUGUCUCUUUACUACAAUACAAAUUCUUUUAUUACUUGCACUCUUCAUUCAACACCUCAUAAGUCAUUACUCACAUAAGUCACAAACACUUCUCCUUUAUUAAUCAAUAAUCAAUCAACUCAAAAAAUGCACCAAAACACCACACAAAAAUGCUACUUUACUUUCUCACCGCUACAGAUCUGAAACUAAUUGGAUCUCCAAAAGAACACAUUUUGAUUUCUGGGUUUUGUUCUUUGGCCAAUUGGGUCAUUCAAAAACCAUUCAUUUUCAACAAUUUCUAAAAAAAAAAUCAAAUGGGGUCUAGUGGCAGUAAAGCUACUUCUUGUAGUUCAUCAUCAUCAUCUUCUUCUUCUUCUUCUUGCAGAUUACAAAAGGGUCGAUCCAAACGGUAUAAAGGUUUUCCUUCUUAUUGUCUUGGAACUACUUCUGGAUCUCGUGACAUUGAUAAUGAUGACCAGGUUUGUGAUCAAAAUAAAGUAAAUGGAAGUGAUACCAACAGCAAUGAUAUCGACUCGGAUGAAGUAAAAUCAGAGUCUUUUAGGAAAGUUAAAUCUGAUGAAGUACCUUGUAUGCCUUCUAACAUUGAUCUCGAUGAGUGGAGUCACACUGAAUCCAGAACCGCUAGCAGCUCCGCACAUGGUUCUUCAACUCGGUCCACAAACCCUACAAGUCGGUUCGUUUCUCGUUUUAGUCUCAUUCCGGGUAAUAUAAGCUUUAGACUUAGUAGAACCACCAGCUUGGGGUCAUCUCGACCUUGUCCUGUUUCAUCGGAAGGUCUUUUAAUGUUUAGCAAUGAAGACGAACUCAGUCUGCAUAAUAGAAAUGAAACUCAGCAAUGUAGUGAAGAUGCUUCUAAUAAUUUAAGUUCAAAUGCCCCGACAUUCGGCUUUGCUGGCAAUUUGUCAAGCAGUCCUACGUUGUCUCCUAUCCAGGAUAUUGUUAGAGAUGGGUAUGCUACACGAGAUAUGCCUGGCAUGAACAUGUUUUCUCCUAGAGUUCACAAUGAAACGGGGAAUGCUGAGACUAGACAUAUGGAUAGACGAAAUGGAGCUCGAGAACCUGUUGACCGCAAUGUUCGUUUCAGUCGAACUUUAAGUGUUGGAAGGCUUCGUGACAGAGUUCACCGCCGAUCAGGAUUGGCUGACUUCACCUUUUGCCCUCUGCAACAAGAGAGAGAAUUGAGAGAUGCUAGUGAGGAUAGUGGAAGACAAGUAGCGGAGACGGGUACAAGAGUGUCAUCUAAUCAUAAUGCUUUAAAUUCUAAUACUACAUCUGGGUAUGAGUAUCCACUACCGAACAUGUCUAACUCCACAUUUAGCACCCAAGACUAUGAGGCCGAGGCUUCACGGUCAAGAGAAACUAGAUAUCAGGAUCUACUGGUACAUAGGUCCAAUUUUCUCGAACGGAGAAGAAGAAUACGAUCUCAGGUUCGUGCUCUACAGCGGUUGGGUAGUCGAUUUGAAAAUCUUUCUGGACAUGAGAGAUCAUGUAUCUUGUCUGGUCAACAUAGAAACGGUCGUUGUGCAUGCAGAAUAACUAGUCGCGAUAACAAUUCAAAUUCAAAUGAUGAUACAAAUGCUAGAGCUAGCAUAUCAAGAAUUGUUAUGCUAGCUGAAGCCUUAUUUGAGGUUCUGGAUGAAAUUCAUCAGCAAUCUGUGGUUUUAUCUUCCCGCACUUCUGUAUCUUCUAUCGGAUCUGUUCCCGCACCUGCUGAAGUUGUUGAAUCCUUACCUGUGAAAUUAUACACAAAGUUGCACAAACAUCAAGAAGAACCACUACAAUGCUAUAUAUGCCUUGUGGAGUAUGAAGAUGGAGACCGCAUGAGAGUACUGCCUUGCCAUCAUGAAUUUCAUACAACAUGUGUAGACAAGUGGCUGAAGGAGAUUCACAGGGUAUGUCCACUAUGUCGGGGGGACAUUUGUAUAUCAGAUUCACUGCCAAGAGAGAACUAAAGUUGCAAGCUGUAAAUUAGCAGCAUAUACACUUUGUAACUAUCAAGUAUCAGAAGCAGCUUCAACCUUGUAUUGUAUUCUCAUUGUUGUCGAUGAUUCUUUAAUCCAAUUUCUCAAUAAUAAAUAUCAAACAUUGUUAGAA